AUCCGCGGGCGGCCGCGGCGCCGCCUGCAGGCCCCGCCCCCCGCCUCCCGCCACGCGGCUCCGCUCCCGCCUCAGGCAGCGCCUCGGCCACCCCCGGCGGCGAGGGGGGCGGGGCCUGCCUUAAAGGCGCAGCGCGGCGCAAGAUGGCGGCCCCCUGGCUGUGGCUGCUGGGCCUGGCGGCCUGGGCCCGGCCGGGCGCCGCCCCGCCGCCGCCGCCACCGGACGCCGAGGUGACGUUCGUGCUGCCCGCGGGGCGCCGAGAGUGCUUCUACCAGGGGGCGCCCGGAAACGCCUCCAUGGAGGCCGAGUACCAGGUGAUCGGCGGCGCGGGGCUGGACGUGGAUUUCUCCCUGGAGAGCCCCUCGGGGCUGCUGCUGGUCAGCGAGCACCGCAAGUCGGACGGCGUGCACACGUGAGCUCCGCACCGGCACCGUGCCC